CGACUCGACAAGCCGAAUGUCGCCUUCCUUCCAAAGUUCCGCUCCUUACUGCUUGAGAAAGAGAUGCACGCAGAGAAGCUCGUGGAAACCGGUCAGGUGUUGGAGCUUCAUCGCUACUUUGGUGUAGGACUUGUUCUGCCUCAGCGGACGCUUUCUGAGCUUGAUCUACUCCAAAUUCGCGAACUCGCAAACGCUCACCUUGAGCCAUUUUAUCAGACGCGUGGCAUGCCCUUGACUGAGGGUUUGCAGCAGCUGCACGAAGCGCUGAAGCAACAGUACCCAGAUGUUGUGGUCGUUGGUGUCGAGCGGCGCUUUUGCAGCGCCAUGCACGAUCACGCUUUCAUUUGCAGCCACAUCCGUGCCGUCGCGCGGCACUUUGGAGGCAUCGAGAACUUUCGUCUUCAAAUCCAUUCUCUCUUCGAAGAGCCACCAGUGUGUCCCGUGUCCCGCUCAGCACCCGUCAAUCCUGCAAGCGAAUCUGCUGUGUCCGCAGCCACUACUGCUUAUGCCGAUGAUGCCCUGCCGACUGGCGCAACCGACAUGGCCGUAGACGAUCAGCUUGAUGCAGACGGACCUGCUCGCACCUCUGACAUGGCCGUAGACGAUCACCUUCCCUCGGGCCCGGAUGCAGACGGACCUGCUGACCGCACCUCGGACCUCCCCGCCGAGCUCGAUCCGAAUCACGGCGCGUCACCUUCUGCGAGUAACUCCGAUGAUGCUCCAGAGCACAGCUCUGGCCUUGUUGAGACGGUGGCCAGUCCCGACGACCUGGUGGACGAGCUCUCCAAGCUGUUCGAGAAAGGACUCGAGCGUCUCAAGACCAUGGCUCAGGGCGAUGAGUUGCACAGCCUCGUUCGCCAGCUCACACGCAAUUGCAGCAACAGCAUGCGGAAUGCGACAGGGCGCUCAGCGGCCAUCCGUGCGCGCGACACAAUUCGACGGUUUUCACGCUACGACACGAGUCGGGAUGACGAUGCAGACGUGUUUGAGGCCCAGCCUGAGGAGAUGGACGACGAUGACUUCAGGUACACUCUGGAGGAGUGUGUGCGUGCUAGACGGCUUGAAAUGUUUGAUUCAUCUGUAAACCCGGAGUUUUUGUGA